UUUCCCCUUCCCCCUCCCUCGCACGGACUCUUGCUUACCCCGAGACGCCCGGAGCCCUAGGACUCGGCGGCGGAGACCCUGGGCGCGGGGGAGGCCGUCAACCCGAGUCGGCUCCCUCCGCCCCGCCAAGCCCGCCGGUGAAUCAAAGGAGAUUCCCAGGAAACCUGUGAAUGUUGAAGAAAAUUCAUCUGUGAAUUUUUAUAUUCAAGGAGGAGUUAGUAUUUAUAUUUCAUCUUUUAAACUGGGAAGAUUUAUAUUUUACUUUAAAACUUCUUGAUAAUUUACAAUGAAUGGACACAGUGAUGAAGAAAGUGUUAGAAACAGUAGUGGAGAAUCAAGCCAGUCGGAUGAUGAUUCUGGGUCAGCUUCAGGCUCUGGAUCUGGUUCGAGUUCUGGAAGCAGUAGUGAUGGAAGCAGUAGCCAGUCAGGUAGCAGUGACUCUGACUCCGGAUCUGAAUCAGGCAGUCAGUCAGAGUCUGAGUCAGACACUUCCCGAGAAAACAAAGUUCAAGCAAAACCACCGAAAGUUGAUGGAGCUGAGUUUUGGAAAUCUAGCCCUAGUAUUCUGGCCGUUCAGAGAUCUGCAAUGCUCAAGAAGCAGCAGCAGCAGCAACAGCAACAACAACAACAGCAUCAAGCCUCAUCCAAUAGCGGAUCAGAAGAGGAUUCCUCUAGCAGUGAAGAUUCUGAUGACUCAUCAAGUGAGGUUAAAAGGAAAAAGCAUAAAGAUGAAGAUUGGCAAAUGUCUGGGUCAGGAUCUCCAUCUCAGUCUGGUUCAGAUUCAGAAUCUGAAGAAGAGAGAGAUAAAAGCAGUUGUGAUGAAACGGAAUCUGAUUAUGAGCCAAAAAACAAAGUCAAAAGCAGAAAACCUCAAAAUAGAUCUAAGUCAAAAAAUGGAAAGAAAAUUCUUGGACAAAAAAAGAGACAGAUUGAUUCCUCUGAGGAGGAGGAUGAUGAAGAAGAUUAUGAUAAUGAUAAAAGAAGUUCUCGUCGCCAAGCAACUGUUAAUGUUAGCUAUAAGGAGGAUGAAGAAAUGAAAACAGAUUCUGAUGACCUACUGGAAGUCUGUGGAGAGGAUGUUCCUCAACCUGAGGAAGAGGAAUUUGAAACCAUAGAAAAGUUUAUGGAUUGUCGGAUUGGGAGAAAAGGAGCUACUGGUGCUACUACAACCAUCUAUGCCAUUGAAGCUGAUGGUGACCCAAAUGCAGGCUUUGAAAAAAACAAAGAACCAGGAGAGAUUCAGUAUUUAAUUAAAUGGAAAGGAUGGUCCCAUAUCCACAACACUUGGGAGACAGAAGAAACCCUCAAACAGCAGAAUGUUAGAGGAAUGAAAAAACUGGAUAAUUAUAAGAAAAAAGAUCAGGAAACAAAAAGAUGGUUGAAAAAUGCUUCUCCAGAAGAUGUGGAAUAUUAUAAUUGUCAGCAAGAACUUACAGAUGAUCUACAUAAACAGUAUCAAAUAGUGGAACGUAUAAUUGCUCAUUCCAAUCAAAAGUCAGCAGCUGGUUAUCCUGAUUAUUAUUGCAAGUGGCAGGGCCUUCCAUACUCAGAAUGCAGCUGGGAAGAUGGAGCUCUCAUUUCCAAAAAGUUUCAACCAUGCAUUGAUGAGUAUUUUAGCAGGAACCAAUCAAAAACCACUCCUUUUAAAGAUUGCAAAGUAUUAAAACAAAGGCCAAGGUUUGUAGCCCUGAAGAAGCAGCCAGCCUAUAUUGGAGGACAUGAGGGCUUAGAAUUAAGAGAUUAUCAACUGAAUGGUUUAAAUUGGCUUGCUCAUUCUUGGUGCAAAGGAAAUAGUUGCAUACUCGCUGAUGAAAUGGGCCUUGGAAAAACAAUACAGACGAUCUCAUUUCUGAAUUAUUUGUUUCAUGAACAUCAAUUAUAUGGACCUUUUCUGUUGGUAGUACCGCUCUCCACUCUCACUUCCUGGCAAAGGGAAAUUCAGACAUGGGCUUCUCAAAUGAAUGCUGUGGUUUAUUUAGGUGACAUUAAUAGCAGAAACAUGAUAAGAACUCAUGAAUGGAUGCAUCCUCAGACCAAACGGUUAAAAUUUAAUAUACUGUUAACAACUUACGAAAUUUUAUUAAAGGAUAAGGCAUUCCUUGGAGGUCUGAAUUGGGCAUUUAUAGGUGUUGAUGAAGCACAUCGAUUAAAGAAUGAUGACUCCCUUCUGUAUAAAACUUUAAUAGAUUUUAAAUCCAAUCAUCGUCUCCUUAUCACUGGAACUCCUCUACAAAAUUCCCUUAAAGAGCUCUGGUCUUUGCUACAUUUCAUUAUGCCAGAAAAGUUUUCUUCCUGGGAAGAUUUUGAAGAAGAACAUGGCAAAGGGAGAGAAUAUGGUUAUGCAAGCCUUCACAAGGAGCUUGAGCCGUUUCUGUUACGCCGAGUUAAGAAAGAUGUGGAAAAAUCUCUUCCUGCCAAGGUUGAGCAGAUUUUAAGAAUGGAAAUGAGUGCUUUACAGAAACAAUAUUACAAAUGGAUUUUAACUAGGAAUUACAAAGCCCUCAGCAAAGGUUCCAAGGGCAGUACCUCAGGCUUUUUGAACAUUAUGAUGGAGCUAAAGAAAUGUUGUAACCAUUGCUACCUCAUUAAACCACCAGAUAAUAAUGAAUUCUAUAAUAAACAGGAGGCCUUACAACACUUAAUUCGUAGUAGCGGAAAAUUGAUUCUUCUUGACAAGCUAUUAAUUCGCCUAAGAGAACGAGGCAAUCGAGUUCUUAUUUUUUCACAAAUGGUGCGGAUGUUAGAUAUACUUGCAGAAUAUUUGAAAUACCGUCAAUUUCCUUUUCAAAGAUUAGAUGGAUCAAUAAAAGGAGAACUGAGGAAACAAGCUCUAGAUCAUUUUAAUGCUGAGGGAUCAGAGGAUUUCUGCUUUUUGCUGUCCACAAGAGCUGGAGGUCUAGGGAUUAAUUUAGCCUCUGCUGACACUGUUGUUAUAUUUGAUUCUGAUUGGAAUCCACAGAAUGAUCUUCAGGCACAGGCUAGAGCCCAUCGAAUUGGGCAAAAGAAACAGGUGAAUAUUUAUCGUCUAGUUACAAAGGGAUCAGUUGAAGAAGAUAUUCUUGAAAGGGCCAAAAAGAAGAUGGUGUUAGAUCAUCUUGUAAUUCAAAGAAUGGACACAACUGGGAAGACAGUACUACACACAGGUUCUGCCCCAUCAAGUUCUACUCCUUUCAAUAAAGAAGAGUUAUCAGCCAUUUUAAAGUUUGGUGCUGAGGAACUUUUUAAGGAACCUGAAGGAGAAGAACAAGAGCCCCAGGAAAUGGAUAUAGAUGAAAUCUUGAAGAGGGCCGAAACUCAUGAAAAUGAACCAGGUCCUUUGACUGUAGGAGAUGAAUUGCUUUCCCAGUUCAAGGUUGCCAACUUCUCAAAUAUGGAUGAGGAUGACAUUGAGUUGGAACCUGAAAGAAAUUCAAAGAAUUGGGAGGAGAUUAUUCCAGAAGAUCAAAGAAGACGAUUAGAAGAAGAAGAAAGACAAAAGGAACUUGAGGAAAUUUAUAUGCUCCCAAGAAUGAGAAACUGUGCAAAACAGAUUAGUUUCAACGGAAGUGAAGGCAGGCGCAGUAGAAGUAGGAGAUACUCUGGAUCUGAUAGUGAUUCCAUCUCAGAAAGGAAAAGGCCAAAGAAACGUGGAAGACCACGAACUAUUCCUCGGGAGAAUAUUAAAGGAUUUAGUGAUGCAGAAAUUAGGCGGUUUAUCAAGAGCUAUAAGAAAUUUGGUGGUCCUCUGGAAAGGUGAGUUGCGGUGAGCCGAGAUCGCGAAUACGUACUGUUAAAUAACAUAAGUAAUAACAUCGGUUGCUUGGUGUUUAUAGAAUUAUGUUUCAUACUUUUAAAAGAUACUCUUUUUUAAAAAAAAAAUCAAGGUGGUAGACUCGGAAAAGUGAAGGGUCCAACGUUCCGAAUAUCAGGAGUACAAGUGAAUGCCAAGCUAGUCAUCUCCCAUGAAGAAGAAUUAAUACCUUUACACAAAUCCAUUCCUUCUGAUCCAGAAGAAAGAAAGCAGUAUACUAUCCCAUGCCACACAAAGCCAGCUCAUUUUGAUAUAGACUGGGGCAAAGAAGAUGAUUCCAAUUUGUUAAUUGGUAUCUAUGAAUAUGGAUAUGGAAGCUGGGAAAUGAUUAAAAUGGAUCCUGACCUCAGUCUAACACACAAGAUCCUUCCAGAUGAUCCCGAUAAAAAACCACAAGCUAAACAGUUGCAGACCCGUGCAGACUACCUCAUCAAAUUACUUAGUAAAGAUCUUGCAAAGAAAGAAGCUCUGAGACUUUCUGGUGCGGGAAGUUCAAAGAGGAGAAAAGCAAGAGCUAAGAAGAAUAAAGCAAUGAAGUCUAUAAAAGUGAAAGAGGAAAUAAAGAGUGAUUCUUCUCUGCCUUCUGAGAAGUCUGAUGAAGACGAUGAUAAAGAUGAGAUCAGUUCUGUGAAACAUCCAAAUAAAAAAAUUAAAACAGAAAGAGACAGUGAAGAAAAACCUGAGCCAGAUGUUUGUAUAAAGAAGGAACCAGAAGAAAAGAGGGAAGCAAAAGAAAAGGAGAAUAAAAAGGAACUUAAAAGGGAGAUAAAAGAAAAAGAGGAUAAGAAAGAUAUAAAGGAAAAAGAUUUUAAAGAAAAAAGAGAAAACAAAGUAAAAGAAGCUAUACAGAAAGAAAAAGACAUUAAAGAAGAAAAGUUGAGUGAAUCCAAGUCUGAUAGUAAGGAAAGAUCCAAGAAAUCUUCAGCGUCAGAUGCUCCAGUUCAUAUCACUGCAAGUGGUGAACCAGUUCUCAUAUCUGAAGAAUCUGAAGAGCUGGAUCAGAAAACAUUCAGCAUUUGUAAGGAAAGAAUGAGGCCUGUUAAAGCAGCUUUGAAACAACUUGAUAGACCUGAGAAAGGCCUUUCAGAAAGAGAACAACUAGAACAUACUAGACAGUGUUUAAUAAAAAUUGGAGACCAUAUCACAGAAUGUCUAAAAGAGUAUACAAAUCCUGAACAAAUUAAGCAAUGGAGAAAAAACCUGUGGAUAUUUGUAUCUAAGUUUACUGAAUUUGAUGCAAGAAAACUACAUAAAUUAUAUAAGCAUGCUAUUAAAAAACGACAGGAAUCUCAGCAAAACAAUGAUCAGAACAGCAACUUGAACCCUCACGUGAUUAGAAAUCCAGAUGUGGAAAGAUUAAAAGAGAAUACAAAUCACGAUGAUAGCAGCAGGGACAGUUAUUCCUCUGAUAGGCACUUAUCUCAGCACCAUGAUCAUCAUAAAGACCGACAUCAGGGAGAUUCUUACAAAAAGAGUGAUUCCAGGAAAAGACCCUAUUCUUCUUUUAGUAAUGGUAAAGACCAUCGUGAUUGGGAUCACCACAAGCAAGACAGCAGAUAUUACAGUGACAGAGAGAAACACAGAAAACUGGAUGAUCACAGGAGUAGAGAUCACAGGUCAAAUUUGGAAGGAAGUUUAAAAGAUAGAUGUCAUUCUGAUCAUCGUUCUCACUCAGAUCAUCGGUUACAUUCAGACCACCGGUCAAGUUCUGAAUAUACGCACCAUAAAUCUUCCAGGGAUUAUAGGUAUCACUCAGAUUGGCAAAUGGACUACAGAGCUUCCAGCAGUGGCCCUAGGUCACCACUAGAUCAGAGAUCUCCUUAUGGCUCCAGAUCUCCAUUUGAACAUUCAGUUGAACACAAAAGUACGCCAGAGCAUACCUGGAGUAAUCGGAAAACAUAACAAAAACUGACACUUCGUCUUUCUGGACUUUUCUUUUAGCCAUAUAUCAUAAACCAACACAGUAAUUGCCUUACAUGACUUGAAAGAUAUAAACAGAUCUUCUAUCAGUAGCAGUAUUGUUACUUCUUUCCAGGAUGCAAGGUCUAUUAUCCCAACAGAAGAGAAAAUAUUUUUAUAUUUAAGGAUUAUGCUGCACUGUACUACAAAUGUAGUACUUUUUUUUUUUUUCUUUUUUAAAGAAAUGGAAAAUGUUUACUAUUACAGGGACCUCAACACUGCCCUCCCAUAUAGGCUGGAUAAAACUGUUUUUAAGUCAGUGAUUUUAGACUGACCUCCAUUUAAAUUAUGUUUAUAUAUGAACUUUACUCUGACCUGUGAUCAUGUUUCAGGAAGGAAUGAAAGAGAGUUCUUUCUUAAUAAAGAAAAACACUCAAGGACUUUGUUCACUUUCCAAAGCUACUUGUUUACAUUGUACACUGCGACCACCUUGCCGCUUUUCAUCACAAGCUUGAAUAUUUAAAUUCUGUACUUAUAUAUGUAAAAUAGCCAGGAAUUUCCUGUUUGUGAUCUAUUAUUAUGCCUUUUUACAAAAAAAAAAAUGGCUGUAAAUUAUUGUAAAUAUUAAAGGAACUUUCCUUACUUCCUUCCCCUUCUCAGGCUUUUUUUGACUGUUUCUUUCCCUACCAACUCAGGCCUUCUUAUUAAAAAAAAAAAAAAAAAAAAUUCAGUGUAAUAACACUUUUUAAUGAUUUGUCUUGAUGGAAUCAUUGUUUAGAAUGUAAAAAUGGGGAAAGGGGCCACUUAAUUCCAUUAGUCCUCUUUUUAUACUGAAUAUUUUAUUAGAUACAUGUUACUCCCUUUUUUUUCCUUUUUUAGUCAAUAUUGUGUUUGUAGUUUUAAAAAAUGGUGAGAUAAUAUGUAAAAUCUAAACUGCAUGCUCUGGAAACUUUUUUUUCAGAUGCAUCUGGUUUAAAAGGGUAGGUGUAUGAACACUUUUCAGAAUCCAAAAUGGCCAAAAGUUAUUGUAAAUCCAUUUGUUUUCCCUUUUCAUAUGGGCAAUAAUGUCAAAUGUGCUAUGCAGCCAGGUUAACAUUUUAGAUAAACUUGAUUGACUUUUAAUAUAAACUGUUACAAUGCACACUGAUUGUACAUAAAAACCUUAUAUAUGACAAAUUAAAUUUAAGAAAAA